AUGGCCUCCCUCACGCCCGACAGCACCAAUGACCCAUCCAACAACGCGCCCGCGUCGCCCGCCCUCUCCGGCCGCGACUCCCCCGACCUGCCCCUCACCAUGACAGCAUCAACCGUGCUCCUAACCCUCCCGCGCGACGCGACAGCAGCGCUCGCAGCGGCAGGCGCUUUCCCCCAGGAGAAAGUGGUGGUGCGGUUCAAGCCGGUGGGCGGGUCGGCCCCGCCGAUCAAGCGGGAUCUGGUCAAAGUCGCGAGCGCACACAAGUUUGAGUCGGUCGUGGCGUACUUGCGGCGGACGUUGCGUGUUGCGGAGACGGACAGCGUGUUUCUGUAUGUGAACAACACGUUCGCGCCGGCGCUGGAUGAGGUAGUGGGGAACUUAUGGAGGUGCUUCAAGGAUUCGAGUGAUCAUCUCAACGUCUCCUAUUCCAUCACGCCGGCGUUUGGGUGA